AUGAAGGCUACAGCUAGAGUUUUGGCAAGUUGCCUUUUGGCAGCCACGUUCCAGAGCGUGUUUGGAGCGUCCAACUCGACUGCGGAUUUGAGCGUAUACUUCGAAGCAGGAUGCUACUACUGCAUCCAGUACUUCAACACAAUCAUCAGGCCCACUUACCCUGCCCUGAAAACCAUCCUGAACCUGAAAUUAUACCCUUGGGGUAAUCAACAAGCUUUUGAGUGGAAGGGCCAUGACCUGGAUGGUUUCUCUUGUCAGCAUGGAAUCGAAGAAUGCGCUUCAAACUUAUUCAUGGCGUGCGCAGUGGCCGAAGUUGAGGAUUACUCCAAGGUCAUCGACCUCGUCAUGUGCAUGAUGGGCUUUAGCGGGAAUGACAAAAAUUUUCCCACCUUUCAAGUAUCAUGGACAUUCUGUUCAGAUCAGGCUGGAGUUGACGAAGCUGCUAUUAAGGAAUGA